UCUCUUAACACCCCAACCCAAAGGCCAAAACCUUCAAAUUUUCCCUCACUUUCUCUUCCUUUCUCUUCCCAUUCUCUCAAAUUAUUGGGUUUUCCACAUUUUCCUCUUUCAAAAAUAGAAAAAAAUUACUGGGUCUAGGUUUUGGGAAGGUUUACAAGCUGCAAUCUUUACUUCUGUGGAUAGAAUUUUCAGAGUGAUCUUUCAACAAGCUUUUCCUUUCUGCUACUGAUCAUGGACACCCAAAGCCAAGCGGAACUUAAUGGACAAAAAAGGAUGUUUCCUCCGCCUCCUGGAAUGUUUCAUGAUCGUGAGGAGCUCAUUAAACAUGUGCGGGAUUUUGGGGCUAGCGAAGGAUAUGUAGUGACUAUUAAGAAGUCUAGGAAGGACAGAAGAGUCAUCCUUGGAUGUGACAGAGGAGGCAUUUAUCGCAAUAGGCGUAAGAUUGAUGAAAGUAAACGCAAAAGGAAAGCAUGCUCAAGACUUAUAAAUUGUCCUUUUGAAGCUGUAGGUAAAAAGGAAGAUGAUGCCUGGGUUCUUACCAUUAAAAAUGGGGAGCAUAAUCACGAGCCUUUAAAAGAUAUGUCAGAGCAUCCUUAUAGUCGUCGUUUCACUGAGGAAGAAGUUAGGCAAAUCAAAUUAAUGACUGAAGCAGGUAUAAAACCACGUCAAGUGCUCAAGGCUCUGAAACAAAGUAAUCCAGAGUUGCAGUCAACUCCAAGGCAUUUGUACAACCUUAAAGCUAAGAUUCGUCAAGGAAAUCUAUCAGAGAAAAGUUUCAAAUCAUGGAGGCCUAGCAGAUCUGUUCCUGUAAACUCUAAUGGCUCUUCCACUGGAGAGUUGCUAAAGCAAAACAACCAGCCGGUAAUGGUUCCUAAUUUUAUUGGAGGGAAAUUUGUGGAUUCACUAGGCUCCAUGGUCAUUGAUGCAAUAAAUCCUGCAACACAAGAGGUUGUUUCUCAAGUUCCUUCAACUACAUAUGAAGAGUUCAAAGAUGCAGUUAAUGCAGCCAAACUAGCUUUUCCCUCAUGGAAGAAUACACCAGUUACAACUCGCCAGCGCAUCAUGUUCAAGCUCCAGGAGCUCAUCCACAGAAAUAUUGAUAAGCUUGCAAUGAAUAUUACAAUGGAACAGGGCAUGACAUUAAAGAGUGCUCAUGGUGAUGUGUUGCAUGGUUUAGAGGUUGUUGAACAUGCUUGUGGAGUGGCAACUCUGCAAAUGGGGGAGUUUGUCCCAAAUGCAUCUAAUGGAAUUGAUACAUUCUGUAUUAGAGAACCACUUGGUGUUUGUGCUGGGAUAUGUGCCUUCAACUUUCCUGCAAUGAUCCCUUUGUGGAUGUUUCCUAUUGCAGUUACAUGUGGCAAUACAUUUGUUCUUAAGCCAUGCGAGAAAAAUCCAGGGGCUUCAAUGAUCCUUGCAGCACUAGCAAAGGAGGCUGGUUUACCUGAUGGUGUCUUAAAUAUUGUUCAUGGCACCAAUGAUAUUGUUAAUUAUAUUUGUGAUGAUGAGGAUAUAAAAGCUAUAUCGUUUGUUGGUUCAAACACGGCUGGCAUGCACAUAUAUGCUAGGGCUGCUGCUAGAGGGAAACGUGUUCAGUCCAAUGUAGGUGGCAAUAAUCAUGCAAUUAUCAUGUCUGAUGCAAGCAUAGAUGCUACUUUGAAUGCCCUAGUCGCUGGGGCGUUUGGAGCUGCAGGGCAGAGAUGCAUGGGUCUAACUACAGCUGUUUUUGUUGGAGGUUCAAUACCAUGGGAACGAGGACUUAUGCAGCGUGCCAAAGCACUUAAAGUGACUGUAGGGUCAGAUCCUGGUGCAGAUGUUGGCCCAGUGAUUAGCAAAGAGAUCUCACAGGUAAAGGAUCGCAUAAACAGAUUAGUUCAAAGCAGUGUUGAUAAUGGUGCUAGACUUCUUCUUGAUGGGAGAAAUAUUGUGGUUCCUGGAUAUGAGAAUGGGAAUUUUAUUGGUCCUACCAUAAUAUGUGAUGUUGCCUCCAAUAUGGAAUGGUACAAGGAAGAAAUGUUUGGACCGGUUCUCCUUUGUAUGCAGGUCGAGAGCCUAGAAGAGGCCAUAACCAUUGUAAACAGAAACAAGUCUGUGAAUGGAGCCUUUAUAUUCACAACAUCUGGCUAUGCUGCAAGGAUGUUUCAGAAUGAAAUUGAGUCUGGGCUGGUUGGGAUCAAUGUUCCUGUUCCUAUUCCAAUGUCUCUUUCCUCUCUUAAUGGACCAAAAACAUCUUUUGCUGGAGAUCUUAAUUUUUGUGGAAAGUCAGGUGUGGAUUUUUACACCCAGAUCAAAGUGGUGGCACAGCAGUGGAGGGAUUUACCAAGCCUAGGAGCAUCCUCAGGUUUGCAUCUAUCAUCUGAGACAGAAAUGACAAGCCGGGGGGUCUCUUCAGCAUUGCCACCAUCAACAGAGAGAGAUUCACCGUACCAAAGAGUUUCGCCAGCCAUGUCACCAGAAUCAGAGGGUAAUUCACCUAAUCAUGCAAUAUUGCUUUCUAUUACUGCAACUUCAGAAAGGGAUCUAUCAAACCCAGCAAUUACAUCUCUGCCUCCAACUGCUGAUGGUGAUUUGCCAAAUCAUGGAGCAUCUCUUGUUAUACCUCCGACAGCAGAUAUGGAUUUGGAAAGCCAAGACACGUCCCGAACUAUGCCAUUAGGAAGAGAUCAAUCUGAAAGAAUUUAUACACCUCAAACAUCACGAUGGAAUGAAACUACGACAUUAGCAUCUCAAAGAACUGAGUCUGUUCCUCCACCCUCUGAGAGGAUUUAUAUACCCAUAACGUCUCAGAGGAAUAGUAACGCAGCUCCAACAGUUCAUAGGUCAGACACGGCAACAGGUUUAACUCACGAGCGAGUAUUUGUGCCAAUAUCUCAUAAAAAUGACAGUAUGGUUAUGGUUCCCAUUUCACAUAGGAGUGAAAGCAUGUCUCCAACAUCCGAGAGGAUUUACAUGAUGGCAACUUCUCACUUGAGUGACAGCAUGGGUCAAACGUUUCAAAGAACUGAUGCCCCUAUGUUUCCAACUUCUGAAAGGAUAUAUGUACCCGCUACUCCUCACAGAACUGACCACAUGGGUUCAACCUCUCGGGCUGAUGUUGCAUUACGACCAGCCUCCGAGAGGUUAUACAUGCCUGCAACAUCUCAGAGGAACGAUAGCAUUGCUCCGGCAUCUCACCAGACUGAUACAAUGCCACAAAAUUCCCAGAGCAUGUAUAUGCCUCGAAUUGUUCAGAGGAAUGCUGGUAUGCCAACAACUUCUGAGAGGUUAUAUAUGCCUGCAACAUCUCAGAGGAUGUUUGCUCAAAAUACAAUAAUUUCAAUGGAUGAUUAUCCUAACCAAGGACCACCUAUGAAUUUGCCUGCCUCACAGAGGAUAUAGGAUACAACUGUUUCUUCCUUUCUCUUUUAGGUACCUUUGUAGACAAAUGAUAUGGUAAUAAUGCUAGUUCAGGUUUCUUUUUCAGUAAAAAAUUUCUGUCAAAAUUC